AGUUUGCGGACCGCCAUAACACUAACGAAGAAGUAGACCACUUCCUUCACAGCUCAGCGCAGCUCUGCUCGGUGAAGCGGAAUAACUAUAGGUCCACUGACUACUGUGGAGGUUGCAUUGUUGUAAAUGCUUCAUGGCCCCUGCAGAUUUUGGAUUAAAUAUACAUCAGCUUUUACCGGUUCCCUGCACGGAUAGCGCUGCUGUAAUCAGUCUGCUAUUUUAUAGGCUACACUUACUGGGCCUCAGACAAUUAAAACUAUCUGGACUCUUGAAGAGGACGUUGUUCUAACAGACUCUCGGGUUGAGUUAGAUGAUAACAGACAUAAGGAUUGUUGGUGAAUAAGGUGUUGAACGUUUUCUUGACUCUAAUAGAACCAGUAAAAUCUUAUCCAGGAUCUUUCUGAAGUAAGAUUACUUUAGAUUAAUCGAGUUUUGAUAUUUAAGAGGACGUUUGAUUGCUUUGGUCUAGCUGUGACAAACAAAGUAACUGUAGUGUAAACUAGCUACAGAUUAACUGUCACGUUUUUAUUAUUUGAAGAAACGUUGAAAGAAAGAAUAGCUUCCACGAUGGAUCGGGUCCUGCAUGUGGCCAGUGUUGACUGUACUGGACAGCUCCUCUCUAAGUCUGCAGGCUUCCAUCCUGAGAGUCUGGUUGUCCUCCUCAACAUUGUUCAUUGCACACUGCUGCUCCCGGAUCUCCUCCCUAUGCUGACGCACCAGGCUGAUCAUCUCCUCUAUAAGAUGCUGUGGUGCAGGUGUCACGUGUGAGAGAGAGGCAUGCUCAGGGCUGUGUCUGCUGCAGGACAGAGCUGGUCCGUCCCCCUCCACCCUGCCAGAGUCCCCGGGUUGCAACUCUCCCGGUAGCGCCUUACUGCUGGGUCUGAAGAGGGUGGCUUCAUUGCUGAUCGACUGCAGGAAAAUACCAGGGCAGAGUGGAUCUUCGAGAGGUGGACACGAGGAAAAUGGAGAUUUGAUUUCAUCAAUUUAUUAGGUACACCCAUCUUGUACCGGAUCGGAGCUGCCUUUUUCUCCAGAACAGCCGUAAUUCUUCGGGGCAUUGAUUCUACAAGGCGCCGGAAUUUUUCCAGAGGGAUGUUGAUCCAUGCUGACGCGAUGGCAUCACGCAGUUGCUGCAGAUUGGACAGCGUCACAUUCAUGCUGCCAACAGCCCGUUCCAUCUCAUCCCAAAGAUGCAACAAUGUUCAGAUUGGCUGUGGUGUUAAAUCGUUGCUCAGUUGAUAUCAAGGUACCUAACAUGUGCCAGGAAGACAUUCCCCACACCAGUACACCACCGCCAGGCUGAAUGUGUCCAUGGGCUCAUGCUUUGCACACCAAAUCCAGACUGCCAUCAGCAUGACGCAACAAAAACCGGGAUUUGUCGGACCAGGGGACACACCUAAACGUGGUUAUCUCGGUGGGAGCGGCUUAUCUGCUCACCUUCAACCACAUGUUGCUGACGAGGCAGAGAAGAGUCUCUCCAGAUCAGAACACUUCAAGAAACACCAGCAGAGACGUACAGGGAAGAAACCUCACCACUGCUGCUCUGAUUGUGGGAAGAAUUUCACUAGCCGGAGUUGCUUCAUUAUUCACCAGCGGAUUCACACCGGCGAGAGACCGUACUUCUGCUCUCAGUGUGGGAAGAGGCACAUCUCUGCAGGGCGUCUUAAAGAACACCAAAGAAUCCAUACAGGAGAGAAACCUUACAGAUGCUCACAGUGUGGGAAGAGUUUUGCUCUAUCUGGCACCUUAAAAUCUCAUCUGAGAAUACAUACAGGAGAGAAACCCUACUGCUGCUCUCAGUGUGGGAGGAGUUUUACUGUAUCUACCGCCUUAAAAUCUCAUCUGAGAGUCCAUACAGGAGAGAAACCGUACUGCUGCUUUCAGUGUGGGAAGGGUUUUGCUGUAUCUAGUGCCUUAAAAUCGCAUUUGAUAAUUCAUACUGGCGAGAGGCCUUACCCCUGCCUUCGUUGUGGGAAAAGCUUUGUUAGUGCAGGAAACCUAACUGUACACAAGCGGAUACACACUGGAGAGAGGCCUUAUAGCUGUGAUCAGUGUGGGAAGAGCUUUGCUCUAGCUUCCGUUCUGACUUCACACCGGCACAUACACACUGGAAAGAAACCUUAUAGCUGUGAACAGUGUGGGAAGAGCUUUGCCGUAGCUUCCUCCCUGACUAGACACCAGCGAACACACACUGGAGAGAAACCUUAUGUUUGUCUUUGUGGAAAGAGCUUUGCUCAGUUAGGGACAAUGAAAAGUCACCAGAAAACUAAAACGUGCCGUAUUUCAUCUCCAUCCUAUACGGCAACUGUUCCAAAUCCCUAAAUAAACUAUCAACAAAAAACCUAUAUUGAACAGGCAUAUCCAUCUCCCAUUGUUAAACAGUUGACUUAGUUUGAUCACCAUGGUAACCUGGAGCAUAAUAUGCAGCUCUGAUCCAGCAUCAGGUCUCCCCUGUGUCUAUGUAAUAUCACACAAUGGGAUUUAAAUGGAUAAAUGUUAUCAUAGAAGAUGUCAUAGUCAACCUGUGUGUGUGUGUGUGUGUGUGUGUGUGUGUGUGUGUG